AGUGGUGUGAGCCAGCCCUUCCGGGGGUUGUGUGCUAGGCAUCCUGACAGCUCUAAACCCGGUGUUUAUGGCUGGGAUUAAAGAGAAAAACUGACAGAGGAACAAGAUUACCUUCCCCCGAGACUUUCGAUAAGGUAUGCAGUCACGGGAGCAGAAGAAAGCUGGCACCCAUGUAAAAACCACUGUUCGUCACGCUGCAAGUGCGUAAUAUUGGAUAGAUGGGUGGGCAGAGAGCAUGGGAGUGGUAUCUUUGGGGCUAAAUGCUUCAGGCAGAACCAGGGGUUUGUCACUUGUUUUCCGAAGGGUUUUUAAGUGCAAUACUCUGGAAGAUGCGUUGUAAUGUGCAGUCUGCAUUAAGGAACACUUCAAGAAUGAGUCCACCACAAGAUAGAAAUAGAAAUUCCUGCAGCAGUGAGACUCUGGCAAAGUGCCUUCAAGCAAAGAAGGACUUGGAAACAGCUAUAUCUGGAAUUGUCAAAGCUGAACAGCAGAUUAAAGAAAACUGGCGGGAGGUCAAGGCCAAGAUCCACAGCCACAUCAGCCGGCAGCUGGAAUGCCUGCGCAGCCGUGAGGUGUGGCUCUUCGAGCAGGUGGAUCUCAUCCAGCAGCUCAAAGAGGAGGCCUUGCAGCAGCAGGCGCAGCAGCUCUACUGGUACUUGGGACAGUUCAAUUGCCUUAUUCAUCAGCUGGAACGCUCCUACAGUAAUGAACUGGCAAACCAGAUUGCAGUUUGCCUGGAGAGACUGGGAAGUCUUACACUUAAACCUGAAGAGUCUUCCAUCCUAAAUUUUGAGGCUGACACAUCUCACCUUCGCCAAGCUAUUACCUCAUUUGGUUCCAUUAAAACGAUGCAAACCUCAGAGAGACAGAAUGCUUCUCCCUGGUUUCCAGGGCAGAAUUGUGCCCUAAUGAACUGUGAGCAGCAGCAGAUGCUGUGUGGGACAGUGAGUGCCUCGCUGGCUGACUGGUUACUCGGAAGCAGACCUGUGGGUGUGCGCCAGGCUCCCUAUGUUCCCAGCACCAAUCUUGAGGAAUGGGUUACACAAAAGUGUGUGUCAGAGCCCAGCCAGGAUUUGAACUCUUCCAAAGUCUGCUAUUUUGAGCAAGCCUGGGGAAAUCUGAAGGAUUUGGAGAACUGGCUCCUGCACAAUCAGCAGCGUGAUGUUGCUGGGAAGACAGAUUCCCCUGGUCGCAAGGACUCCACCUCUACUCUCAACUCAUCCUUUUCCACUAUUGAAAAGGUGGAGGAAUUAGAAUCCCUUGAACAGGAAGAGAUGGACCUUUCUGACUGGCUGCUUACUCCUGACACAGAAAAUGGAAGUAUUGCUUCAGAUGAGAAAUGGAAGAAUGAAUUUAAACCUUUUAGGGAAGAAUGCAAUUUGAAUGAUUGGCUUCUCAAAGCUGAAACAUGUACCAGUUGUCGUGGCAGCCAGAGCAAAAGUGUGGAAAUUGAGAACCUGGGAAAUCUGAAGUGCCUGAAUGAGCAUCUUGAUGGAAAAAAAUCACCCACUACAUCUGCUGUAAAUGCUUGGCUUCUUCAGCAUCCUCAGGCCCCCUUUAAAGUGGAAGAUGUGUGCAAAGCUAAUGAUCUGUGCGCCAGCUUUUCAGAAUGUGUGUGUGAUGAAAACUGUGGAAAAGAGGCUCUUUGCAAAUGGCUUCUGAAGAAAGAUGGAAAGGACAAAAAUGGAGUUCUGGUCAGCCAGAGAGAUGUACCAGACCCUGAGCAUGAGAAGACCAAGUUUGCUGCCAGUUCCUGGCUUAGCCCUGCACAGCAGCUCCCAGGGGAACCCAUGAGUGCAGAGAAAGCAGAUUAUUCAGCAGAGAUCGCAGAACCCUGGAAAGCAUUGCUCGAGAGGCCUCUGACAAGCUGGCUGGCCAAGACUGAGCACAAAGCAGAAAGCACAGAAGAAAAGGAGAGUUGGGAAAAAGCAGACAAGAGUUUCAAGAGUCCUUUCCUAGACAUCUUGGCUCCAUUCCACCUCCCCUUAAAUGUAAACAGUUGGGUGUUGACUUCAAAUAACCUAGAAAGUGCAAACCCACCUCCAGUGGAAGAUAAAUGGCUUCUGCGCAAGAAAGCACAAGACUUUGGCCUUCCUACAGUUUGUGACCUUUUUGCCUGUAUGAAACUCAGCGGAGAUAACGAAAAAUGGCUGUAUCGGUCUCCUUUACAGAUGUGAAGAACUGGAAGUAUUGAAAUCAUCCCUUUCCUGCUAUCAGUCGCACAUCACGCUGAGUGACUGCAGCCAGCUGAGUGCUUGUGUUUUGUGUUUGGCCGUCUGCUUUCUCUUCUAAAAUUAUAACAAAAAGAAAGAUUUCUUAUCUAACAGAGUUAUGGUGCAGAAGAUCCCUUUUUGUUGUCAUUAAUUCUGAAAUGUAAACCCACUGACCAUAAGCAAUCUGAUGCUUUAGAGGUGUUAGCAAAUUUGUAUCUAUUAUGGGAAUACAAGGAUCUUGAAUGGGUUGUCACUUGAAGUAUGUUCAAGCCAGGGCAGGUAUAAAGCAGAAUCUUCCUGGUGCUGUGGAACGUCCACCUUUGACAGUGACUUCAGAAGUGCUGCUGUUCCUUUCAGCUGCUACAACUUGGUCACGCGUUGGGUUCCAGCUUGUUUAGGCUGUACUUGCAAGCAAUUUGUUUUAUGGAGCAGUUGCUCACUUUAGAGGUUUCAUUUGCGUCCUGUGUUGGUGCAUUUCCCAGCUAAAUAUGUGAAAUCCAGACUUUGAAAAAGACAUGGAUUUAUGGGACCUAACACGUGACAGGAGAAAUGGUAACUUACUUUUAAAUCAAAACUUGUGAAUUUUGAGCCUUUCAGAGAACAGGGUAGGGUGUUAAUUUUCAUGCACCAGUAGAUCAGGCCCUACUAUCCCCAGCAUUUACAAACUAUUUGAAUGUCACUGAAAAAGCUGUAAAAUGAAAUGUGUGUUUCUGUUAGUUCUAGAUAAUUCAUAAUGAAUUUUUAUUGACUAAACCACUGGAAAGGAGGCAUCUUAGCCACCUAAAAUUUAAAGGUAAUAUUUGGGGAAUUAGAUGCCUUCAGCAGAUUGAUGUCAUGCUGUUUAGUUGGGAAACACUAACUUGGCAAACUGUGGCUCCCACUGAUGCAGUUUAAAGGUAUUUAAUCUGUGGUUUCCAUGUGAUUAUGUAUGUGAAAGUGGGGUCCAGUAACUCGGAUCUUCCUGAAGCUGUGGAUAUAAUAUGAGCAAUACCUCUUCAGAUAUUUAGCCUUUUGAGCCUGUAGGAACGAGUGCAAAGAUGUUAUGGAAACCUGGAUCAUGCCUGUCAGGCUCCAUGGAAAAACUGUGAAAUUCCAUAGUUUCUAGUGCAGCUUCUACUCACUUAACAAAUUGCUCUUAGUGACUAUGAAAAAAGGCCCCUCUUCUCCCCAUCCUUGCAGCCUCUCUGGGAAUAAAAGUGAUUUGAGUUCUUCACAACCCUGUAGGAAAGAAAUUAUUAAGAGCCGACCUUGGUGUCACUUUGCAGUGUGAACACAUUCCUGUCUGAUCAAUCCUGUGCAUUCAUUUAAAAGUAAGUUUUUAGUCCGAGAAGGGGAGACUGCACAUCUGAAACCAGACCCUGAAAGGGCUUAACAUCAGGAAAACACUUGAGGCUUUUGUACUUUCAUAGCCAGGGCUUUCUGCUGGAGGCAGAGAGGUGUUUUAGGAGUCCACUUUCCCCUUCACACAUGUCCUUGUUGCUGCUUGGGAAGACUGCACUGUGACUUACUCCAGUAACAGCCUGAUGUGAUUAGCAGUUGAACGUAAUGAAGGUGAUUGACGUGCAGCCCACCUCUUCCAAUUAAUUCCACGUAGUUGUCAUUGUGUGCUACUUUGUCAGUUCAUUAUGAGCCUUUAAAACCUGGGGGUAUGUAUUCCUUUAUUCAACUGACUUCUUGUCACUAAUUGAUAUUUAUGUAAAACAUUGAUUAGUCUUUUCCAUUAAAAAAAAUAAUUGCAAUCCAA